AUGACUGCGUCCGCUACUCAGAGCCACUUCCAACAUCCACCUACGAGCGAUUGCUACGACCCCGAUGACGUUCUUCCCCGCGACAGCCCACAGAUGCAACCUCACCGCCCUAAACUACAGCCUUCCCCUAGUCCCCCGCCCACUUUCAGCUCUGGUCGAAAAUCAUCUCAAGGUCGUCGCAAGGUUGAGCCUAUUCAAGGCGAUGCAGUACUGGUCGCCCACCUUGGUAACGGCAGACAGCCAGAAAUAGCACACGCUGCCGCUCUUGAACCUCUUGCCUCUGACAACGGAUCUGAGGACGAUUCAUCUUCUCCUGAGUCUCCUGAACGCGACAUGAAUCGCCCACCUGAAUCAUUUGACCUCAAGUUCCUAGCGGCCGGCGCCCUGGCUCGAGCUUUCACCGCUCCUAGCUCAGCCGAAGCUCCAACCUCGGAAGCAGCCACCGCCAUCUCAACAGUCAAGAUCGACCCUUCGCGCACAAGAAACGGUUCGAGAUUGCAACCAGGAACGGUGCUCCCAGGAAUCAGCACUCGGGAAUUACCCAUUCGAGAUGAUCGCCCAACUUUGGCCGCCCCUGCUGUUGUUUAUCCGGCCGGGGACAAGCAUCCUGCGCAUCAACCACCUUUAGCUCUGCACAAAGCUGAAGUUGCGUCUCCGGUCAGCCCGCCUCAAUCUGCCCCUGGCGGACUACCCCCUCUUUUGGACUCGCCAAAGUCAGACGGCAGCGGGCAUGGUCCGUUGCCAUCCAUAAGAUCGCAAUUGGGAGACUUGAAGCAUCUUGCGGAAUCAGCCAUUAGUACGGACAAGGACUUGGGUCCGGUAAGGCACGCUGCUUCAUUCCCUCGAUCGCCUCCUGCUAGUCUACCUCGGCUGCCCUCCUUAGCCGGACUCCCAGGCGGGCAUGGGUCGCCUCCGAUUUCACCAAAUGAGGGGUUCCGAAGAGAGCUACCGUCACCUGCACACUCCAUUGCCGUUGUCAGUCCAUACUAUUAUUCCUCGUCUAGUGGCGGUGGCCCGCAUCGACCAAGUGCCGAUUACAGCAGUGGAACAGCAGAAACCCCCAGCACCGACCAAACUGCAUCAACACCAGCCAAUUCAGUAGCUGAUCGUAUGAGUAUUGACGGGCUCACCAACCCUCAGGCCGGCUACGUCUGCACAUUUACGGGCUGUAACGCGGCGCCUUUCCAGACACAAUAUCUCCUCAACUCUCAUGCUAACGUCCACUCUUCCGCUCGACCGCACUAUUGUUCCGUUAAAGGCUGCCCUCGAAGCGAGGGUGGCAAAGGCUUCAAGCGAAAGAAUGAAAUGAUUCGGCACGGCCUUGUUCAUGACUCACCGGGAUAUGUCUGUCCCUUUUGUCCAGACCGAGAACACAAAUACCCUCGUCCAGACAAUUUGCAAAGACACGUCAGAGUUCAUCACGUGGAUAAAGAUAAAGAUGACCCACUGUUACGGGAGGUCCUCUCUCAGCGACCUGAUGGGCCCAACCGUGGUAGACGGCGAAGGGGAGGACCUUCCUAA